CAAGGCAGAAUUCGGGCUCCAGGAGAAGAAGGCAAAGAGGCUCCAGGCGGGUAUUUUGUGACAAAGGCAAGACCCCAGAUCUGCUUAGAGCGAGGCAGGUGAAGGAGACAGCCAGGUGGGUCCCCACGUCUCCUGACAAUAUGGAUUAUAAGUCAAGCCUGAUCCAGGAUGGGAACCCCAUGGAGAACCUGGAGAAGCAGCUGAUCUGCCCCAUCUGUCUGGAGAUGUUUACCAAGCCAGUGGUCAUCUUGCCAUGUCAACACAACCUCUGCCGGAAGUGUGCCUGUGACAUCUUCCAGCAGGCUGCAAAUCCCUACUGGACCAGCCGGGGUGGCUCGGUGUCCAUGUCUGGAGGCCGUUUCCGAUGCCCCUCCUGCCGCCAUGAAGUGAUCAUGGACCGUCAUGGAGUGUACGGCCUGCAGAGGAAUCUGCUGGUGGAGAACAUCAUUGAUAUCUACAAGCAGGAGUGCUCCAGUCGGCCCCUGCAGAAAGGCAACCACCCCAUGUGCAAGGAGCACGAAGAUGAGAAAAUCAACAUCUACUGCCUCACAUGUGAGGUGCCCACGUGCUCCAUGUGCAAGGUGUUUGGGGUCCACAAGGCCUGCGAGGUGGCCCCACUGCAGAGUGUCUUCCAGGGACAAAAGACUGAGCUGAGUAACUGUAUCUCCAUGCUGGUAGCAGGGAACGACCGUAUUCAGACCAUCAUCACUCAGCUGGAGGACUCCUGUCAAGUGACCAAGGAGAACAGCCACCAGGCGAAGGAAGAGCUGAGCCAGAAGUUCGACGUGCUGUACGCCAUCCUGGACGAGAAGAAGAGUGAGCUGCUGCAGCGGAUCACGCGGGAGCAGGAGGAGAAGCUCAGCUUCCACGAGGCCCUCAUCCAGCAAUACCGGGAGCAGCUGGAGAAGUCCACCAAGCUGGUGGAGACAGCCAUCCAGUCCCUGGACGAGCCCGGCGGGGCCAUCUUCCUCUUGAGUGCCAAGCAACUCAUCAGAAGCAUUGUGGAAGCGUCCAAGGGUUGCCAGCUGGGGAAGAUAGAGCAGGGCUUUGAAAACAUGGACUACUUUACUUUGGACUUAGAGCACAUAGCAGACACCCUGAGGGCCAUCGACUUUGGGACAGGUGAGGAAGAGGAGGAGUUUAUUGAAGAAGAAAAUCAGGAAGAGGAAGAGUCCACAGAGGGGAAGGAAGAAGGACACCAGUAAGGAGAUGGAGGAGGGAGAGACCGUCUAGAUGCAGAGAGACUGGGGAGGGUGGGGAUGGGCCCAGCUGCCUUGGUGACAGGCCCAGGGUGGGAGGGGUCAGGGCCCCUGGAGGGGCAAUGGGGAGGUGUGUCUUCUCUCUGCUCAGAGAGCAGGAACUAGGAGCGGGACCUCACCGCGGUGUCCAGCGUCACGAACCAGAGUUGGAAACGUGCUUGAAACAACCACACUGGAUACUUUUCUACGUUGGUGCAAAAUGGAAUAUUUUGUACAUUUUUAAAAUGUGAUUUUUGUAUAUACUUGUAUAUGUAUGCCAAUUUGGUGCUUUUUGUAAAGGAACUUUUGUAUGAUAAUGCCUGGUCAACGUGUGACGGGCAAUUGUUAUAAAGAAGGGAAGGAAGCCAGGUUGAUACAGCCGCCCACUUCCUCUCCUUGGUGGGAGGGGCUCCGUAGCACUCACAGACCUAGGAAAGGAUAAGGUACUGUAUUUCAGUGUCUAUUCCUGACAUAAGGGACAACGACGGAGUUCGUGUUACAUGUUGUUUUAAUAAAUGCACAGCGCUUUCUUCCAUUUA